CUUACGAUUCAGCUCUUUAUGCCAAUUCGUUGAUUUCACAAAAUAUAUUACCUGCUGUUAAGGUAUACACGAAAUAAAUUUACUUCUUCUCAAUUAAAAGUUUGCAACAAUUAUUUGUUAAUGCUAAAAGUUUCCGAAGACCCAACCUAAAUGUUUAUAUUAUUGUAAAACAAUUGUGUAGUUGGCAAUGUGGUAAUUUAUAACACUGCCUUAUCGAUCAUUUCAAACAGCUGUUCGGCGUGUUUAUAUAUAAAAAUAUAAUAAUUUGAGUUUUAAAUAAAUAAAUUAAAGAAAACAAUGGAAAUUGAUUCAAAUAUGGAAAAGUCGAGUAAUUCGGAUAAUGCUGAGGUGAUUCUGUGCCUACCAGGACAACGUUUAUGUCUUUCAGAAGAGACUACCGUAGCUGGUCAGGGAACUUAUGAACGUGGCGGUUAUAUUUAUGCUACAUUGGCUGGAAGCGUGCAAGUUAAAAAAAAGGAUAAGUGUAAAUACAUAGAAGUAAAGUGUGCUGGUAGCCAGACCAUUGUUCCAGUUGCGGGCGAUGUAAUAACAGCGCGUGUUCUGCAAGUAAAUCAACGCUUUGCCAAAUGCUCUAUAAUAUGCAUUGGGGAUCACAUACUUGAACGUACAUAUCGAGGAAUAGUACGUAAAGAAGAUGUACGUGCUACUGAAAAAGAUAGAGUUGAAAUGUAUAAAUCAUUCCGUCCAGGAGAUGUCAUACUAGCUCGAGUGUUACCUCAAACUGAGCUGUCGUGUUACCAAUUAAGUACUGCAGAAAACGAAUUGGGUGUAGUAGUUGCGACGUCUAGCGACAGUGGCGCGAAUGGCCCACCAAUGGUACCUGUCAGUUGGGCAGAAAUGCAAUGUCCAAACACGCUAGUAAAGGAGCCACGGAAAGUAGCGAAAAUUGUCGCGGAAAGUUCUUUAAAAACUGAGAAAUUAUUUUAGGAUUUAAAUGAAAAUUUUCUGCGUAAUAAUUUUAGUACAAAAAAUCUGCUAAUAUAUCAAAAACAAAACAAUGAUUUAUGAGUAACAUUGCUUUUUAUCCGACUCUUCCUGCUGGUGAAACGAAGAUUUCCAGUUUCAAUUAAUAUUACCAAAGUUGAUACAGAAAUUUAAAUUCCAAAUAAUUACAAUUUAAAACUUAUUGUGUAUCAGA